GUGACUUGCUCAGUCAGUGGCAGAGGUGGGUUUUGAACCUGUAAGCUUCUGGUUACAAGCCCUGGACUUUAACCACGGGACCACAGUCGAAUGUAAGAGUCUUUCUCAUUUCAGAAAUUCCCAAUAUGUUCAAGUUUAAACAUGGUUAAUCCUAAGGUUUAACAGUUGAGGAAAUUGAACAGUUUUAGACACCUAAUCCCUGCUGUUACGUUCAGCAGUAAGAGGUUACACAAGACUCCUUCAAGCUUCACUGCAGCAGAACAAAAAGGGGUUCUGGCAAGAGCUACCAUUUCAUAGAUAACAGACACAGUACAGAGCUGGUGUUUACACUGCGCGCUUUCAAGAUGACAGCCGUUGAAUGUACACAAAAACCAGCUUUUUUGAAGCCAUGCUCCUGAACAGUGCAUUUCCAAGAAACCUCACGCUGCUUGAUAAGCCAGGACACAGUGUGUUUCAGUUGGUCGAAGGAACCCUGGAGAUAGGCGCUUUGUAGAAUAUAUUUUUCUGUCAUCAAGGUUUGUAUUAGGAAACAGAUAGGACUUAUUAAUGACUCACAGGCACCUGCAGAAUCGGGGUGUGAUUGUGCCGUGACAUCAAGCACUAUGCACUGCUUCAAAAGCCAUCACGAAUCGAUCCCUUGGAAGAACUUCGGUUUUGUUUUGCCCCAUUUGGAAUACUGUGCCUUACAGCUUCGGUGAAAAUGGCAGGAAACUGAACGACGAUCCGUGCUGCCCAGAUAUCUCCUGGAUGAGGAUUGGGUUCUUCAGGGUCAGGACCAUGGGUCACAUCUAGACUGCUGGGCAAAACCUAACACCCCCUGCUUCAUCUGCACCCACACCAGGAUUUAUUACACUUCCACUGACCACCAAGCGGCUCAGUUGAUCUGACAUUUCUUGUUUCAUGAUCCGCUCUUACCUUAAUGACCGCUGCACUGGUUGGGCAUCCAUAGCGUUUGCUGUGAACAAUUAGGCACAUGGUCUUCUCUAAGCAGUCAUAAACCAUGAUUGUUUUGCCUUUGUCUGCCUGCCUCUUUUUUUCCCUCAGAGCGUUGAAUUCAUUUCUGACGUUUGGAAAAACCUUCUCGUUACACACGACCACCAAUCUUUCAGCUGUCAUGCACGAGAAGCUGAAAGGACUGGACUGGUGAUGACUGUGUCAGCAGCACCAGGGCUGAGUGAAGGGGGCCUGGCGGUGGCCGUCGUGGCUCAUGCUUUCUCCUUGACCUUGGUCCUCCUCCUGAUGAAGUGCCUGCACUCGCGUUGCCCCCAGCUCCGUGGCUGCCGCGGGACCCAGGAGGAGGAUGAGGAGGGACAGGCAGACCCGGGCUCCCUCGUUCUGGACACGGUCUCACAUGAACCCUGCCCCAAGACGGCCUGCCAGGAGGUAGAGCAGUUCUACAGGGAGCUCCACACCCCAACCGGGGUCAAGACGCUCCUGCAGAAGCUGCUGGUCUUCAUGACCAAGGAGGUGGACCACAGGGGGGGCUGCCUGAUGCUCUCUGACAUGGGCAUCUCUCUGGAGAUCCCAGCAGGUAGGACAGGGUUAAACUGAUGCUCUCCGACAUGGGCAUCUCUCUGGAGAUCCAGGUAAUUACUCCUGCAUGUUUUGAUUUGACAGAAGGUUGAAAGUUGUAGCAAAACACAGAGAAUAAGCAGAAGGGCUUAAAACAUGAACUGGAAUUGCUUUAAAAAAAAGUGGAACAUAAAAUCUGCACCCCACUGGAAGCAGAGAGGAGUAAGUAAGUUGGUUUCUGUUGCAGUUUACCUUUCCUCCUGAUAUCAUUCCAAACAAAACACAGAUGUGCAAUAUAUUCCUUUAUCUCGCACCAUACAGUAUGCAUUCAAAGUCUGCCUUAUCUCAUUAAGUAAUAAUGUUAAUCAGUAGCUUUUCUGCACAGUAUUUAAUAAGGCAGCCUGUGCUUAGUCCUGCAAACAAUGUUGGUUUGGCUUGGGGGUGGGUGGCAGCAGGUACAAUUCAUUGAACAUAAAGGUCCGCACCCAUUACAGCAUGCAUAGUCUGUAUUAUACAUACCCUUCAACCAUUAAAUAAAGAGAGGG